AAGGAAACCGAAACCCAGCGGCCAAGGCUGGUUUUGAUUCUCGGUGCGGUCGCCGGGUGACUGGCGGGCGGCGGCCGGGCUAUAAAGGAGGAGCCGGCGGCGGAGCCGGGCAGAGCUGGUCGGGCUGGAACUCGGGACGCUGCGGAACCAGGGAGACCCCGGCAGGCUGCAGACAUGGCCCUGUGGCUCAGUGUGAAGCUGCUGACCGGCGAGAUGCACAGGUUGGAGGUCACCAGCACUAUGACCGUCUCGGCUUUCAAGGCCCAGAUUACCAAGAAGACGGGGGUGUCCCCGUACCAGCAGAAGUUGGCCUGCCAGAACGGGGCCUAUGUGGAGCUGUGUGAUGGCUCCCGGCUCUCCGACUACCAGCUCAAGCCCGGAGACAUCAUCCUGUUGAUAGUAAAGAACGAGGAGCCCAUCACCAUCUUCAUGAAGAACGAUAAGGGCAGGACCAGCACCUACACUGUCCUCCCCUCGGACGGGGUCACCCAGUUCAAGCAGCGGGUCCAGCAGCAGGAGAACAUCCAGCAGGAGCAGUUCUGGCUCAGCUUUGAGGGGAAAUCGCUUGAGGACGGCCACAAGCUGGAAGACUACAACAUCGCCCCCCACUGCAUCAUCUUCCUGCACCUGCGUCUGCGGGGGGGCUGAGCCCCAGGGCCCAGCCUUCCUGAUUUUUCUGCUCCUGUCCUCUUUUCCUAGAUAGACCUUAGUGUCCCAAACGUUGUAUGCUAGCUUUGGACUCUCAGAUGUGAAGCUGUGACUGGCUCCAGCACUGGCUGGGGUGGGGGGUGAUGCAGAAGACUGGGAGAGGGUCCCAGGGAGAGUGAGCAUCAUGUUGACGCUGGGUUGCCCACAGCACUCGCACCCCAUUGUGCAUGCGCUCACCUGGUGCUGCUCACUCCAGCUCCUCAUCCAUCCAUGAAUCUUGUUCCAGUGCAGCAUGGUCCCGCUGUGCCAGGCGAUGUGGCUGACCUGGGCUGGGCGGAGCGACUCCGUUCCUUCCGGGGGGCACAGUGGGGCUCCUUGCAACAUGGUGGAAAUCUCUGCUGCUGGAGGUUUGGUCAGUUAGCUCCUACAUGAGAAUGACACCCCCACACCCCCCUCCCCCGGUCUGUGGUGCCGCGUGUCUAGCGAGUGGUUUCCUUGCAACAGGUGUUUGUGUGGUUCCCUGGCAGCGCUGUGGGGCAGGGGGUGGAUUCAGCAGGAAGAGCGCGCUGGCCACUCCCUUCGUCACCAGUCGAAUUCAGGUGUGAAGCUUGGAUGCCAACAUCCCAGGAUCCAGCCCAACCAUGCACUGCCUCUUCAGGGGCUGUGCAGCGGCUUCCUGUGAUGUCACAUUGGGGGUGGGGCUUGAGCGAAUAAUUGCUACCGGGCAGGGCUAAGGCUGCAAUGACCAACCGGGGGUAGUGGCCUGUGAAGAAACAAAGGAACGGACCUGAUUAGACUCUGGAAUUGGCAGAAAGGAUUUCGGUCUUUUUUGUGACAAGAUAGUAUUUGUGUGUUCUGAUCGGUGAUUGGAGGACUCAGUCUGUGAUUGUAUUGCGCACUAGGGCACUUUGCUAUGUAAAUGCAUGAUAAUGAUGAUCUAAUAGAAUCAAUACACGUUUCCUCAAAUCCU